AUGCUCGGACAUGACGACAAGGCCUUGCGCGAGGCCUCUUCGGCGGAGGGACUGGCGAAGGCCUCCUUCGCAGAGACGGAGGCUGCCGAGGCCGAAGCCGCACACUGGUCGAAGAAGGUCCAGGAGAUGAAGGACCGGCUGAGGUCAGCAGAGGCCGACGCAGAAAAGUCCAACCAAGCAGUGGAGGAAGCGAAGAAAGCUGAGAAGCGGGCUGAAGACGCCAGGGCCGAAGCGAUACGAGACAAGCAGCGUGAGUCUGAAGUCUCAUCAGAGCCGGCCCAGGAGCGAUGCAUGAGAGACUUUGCAUCCUGCACUGCCGGCCUCGUAGCUCUGCAGCUGGAGCAGUGGAUGGCCAUGUUGCACAUCAACAGGUUCCUCGUGUCCUUGACCACCAUGGCCAUUGCUGUGGGGCUGCUUCUCCUCCCAGCUCGGGCGCAGGCGGCCUCCUUUGCCAUCUGCACCCUCGUGGCUCUGCCCGUGCUCUUGGCCGGCGCUUUUCGGGAGUUCCUGCGCUUUGUCGCCACAUCACCUCCCUCAGAGCUGCUUGGAACUGUCGCAGGUUUGCUGACCGCCAUGCUCGCCUUUGCAUUCCUUUGGCAAGGGGCUGAUGGCCUUCGAUUGCUCUUGGGCGCUGCGCUCGCCGUGCUGCUCGGCGACUUAGUGCUGGUCGCCAGCUGGCUCCCGCUGCCGGAGGCCAUGGCAGCGCUCGCCGCUUGUGCGCUGGGCUACGCCGGUGCCGCGGCCGGCCUGUACCGGCGUCGUGCCACCCAGGCCUUCGCGAUGGCGGUGCCAGCGGCCUUGUUGCUGCCAUCGGGCUUCCUCCUGUUCUUGGAAGCCCUUGGCCGAUCAGAGGCGUACCUAGAGGACAUCAUCUCGGCUUUGUUGCCCUGGGCAGACGAAGAAAGCGAGAAGGUGGUUGGCAGCAGCUUCUGCGAGUACGGGCGACUUGUGUGGCUACUGCUUCAGCUGCCGGCGUUCGCCAAUCUCUUGAUGGCGCCCGGAAGGGACGUGCCCCCCUUCCCGUGGGAGAGUGAGGAGCCGGCAGAGAAAAGUGCAGUACCAGAUGCAAGUCCACCCGAAGAGUCCAACGCCCUCGAGGCAAUUGCACCCCUGUCGGCUAUGUCGGAUGCGGGCACAGAUCAGCACAGCUCAGCAUAG